GCAGCCCCCCGGGCGGGCUGUGUUGCCGCCUGCUGUGCUAUGAGCAGUCAGAACGUCUUCUCCACGAGAGUUUGCAAAUGAAAAUGGAGGAAAUGUCUUUGUCUGGCCUGGAUAACAGCAAGCUGGAGGCCAUCGCUCAUGAGAUUUAUACAGACCUGGUGGAAGAUGCUUGUCUGGGACUUUGCUUUGAGGUACACCGGGCUGUCAAGUGUGGUUACUUCUUCUUGGAUGACACAGACCCUGACAGCAUGAAGGACUUUGAGAUUGUAGACCAGCCUGGAGUGGAUAUCUUUGGGCAAGUGUACAAUCAGUGGAAGAAUAAGGAAUGUGUUUGCCCCAACUGCAGCCGAAGCAUUGCUGCUUCCCGCUUUGCUCCCCACCUGGAGAAGUGUUUGGGCAUGGGCCGGAAUAGUAGUCGAAUUGCCAACCGCCGGAUUGCCAGUAGCAACAACAUGAACAAAUCUGAGAGUGAUCAGGAAGACAAUGAUGAUAUCAAUGACAAUGACUGGUUCUAUGGCUCGGAGAAGAAAGCAAAGAAGAGAAAAUCAGAUAAGGUGUUAUCUUUCUUUUUCCAGAACCCCAACUCCCCUCGAAGGUCCAAGUCAUUAAAACACAAAAAUGGGGAACUUAGCAGCAAUUCAGAUCCUUUUAAGUAUAGCAACUCUUCUGGGAUCAACUAUGAAACCCUAGGUCCUGAGGAGCUUCGAACCCUGCUUACCACACAAUGUGGGGUGAUCUCUGAACAUACCAAGAAGAUGUGCACAAGGUCCCUUCGAUGCCCCCAGCACACAGAUGAGCAGAGAAGGGCUGUGCGUGUCUACUUCCUGGGCCCCUCAGCCCCUUUGCCUGAGGCAGAAGGCUCUGUAGAGAAUGACAGCUUUGAUGUGGCUGAGAGCCAGGCCUUGAUGAGCCGUUUACAGUGGGAUGGCUCUUCAGACCUCUCACCUUCCGACUCUGCUUCUUCUAAGACAAGUAAGAAUCAGGCUAGGCAUGGGAGAGGCACUAAUAACUCUGAAUCAAGGAAGACCAAGAAGAAGAAACCCCACCUGAGUCUGGUUGGGGCAGCUCCAGGCCUCAGCUCCAACAAGAAGAAGAAGCCAAAGCCCCCUGCGCCCCCCACACCGAGCAUCUAUGAUGACAUCAAUUGACCAGAGGCUCGGGAGUGUUCCCUUAUCAGAGCCAAUCCUCCUUCCCCCCAUUCUGGUUGACAGGUGGCAGCCUUCAGCAAAGGCUGGGAAUUUGAGGUCGUGAAGUCUGGGGGGGAGGGGGUCAUGCCAGCUUUGACCCUGUUUUGAACCACAGCGUGAUGGCAGGACCCUAUUGACUGUGCACGACCCUCAGGCGUGCAGGACUCAGACCUGGACAUAUUCUACCUUGAACAAGUUUUUCGGGGGAGAGUGUUUUUCUAUUUAUUCUGUGAUUUCCUGGAUGUCCAGCUGGGAUUGGGCCAAGAGGGGGCCAGACUUGGAGACCGCGCUAGGGUGCAUACACUGCCUGCCUUUCCCCCCAGGGAUUGAAUGAAAUCCCCUGGAAGGCACAUUGUGGCUAUCCAGGGGGCUGUGCAUUGGGAACUGAACCCCAAAGAGGCCCCCAUCUGCCUUCCCCAAUGUGAAUGGGUCUGGUGCUUGUGGCUGAGGGAUAUUCUGCUGCCCCAUUUCCACUCUUAUCCAGUGAUCCCUCUUCCUGGAACAGGAAGGUAGAUACAGAGUAUUCCCUCCUUGGGGCAGUUCAGACUGGUCCUCCUCUCACCUUUCUCCUCAGUAUCUUAGGGCCACCCGGGCUGUGGGAGUUGCCUCUCUAUUGGAUAACCAAGAGGAGUUGCCAGAAUCCUCUGGCUUCAGGGAAUGGAAGGGGAGAGGGAAGGAAGGAGGAACUGUUUUAAGAACUUUCCUUUUUCCCCCAACCCCAUAACCCUUGGAGGACAGGGCCUCAAAGUGAGUGGGAACGGUGCUGCUUUAUUUGAAAUGUUUUCUUACCUCAUCCCCUGCCCUGGGAAAGGGCCCAGCCUCACCCUCAGGGUGGCCCCAAAUUUCCCCUGCUUCCCCUAUUGUCCUGAUGGGACUCCCCAGGUCCUUAUUUGCUGCUUGCUGCCCUCUUUUACUCCUGUGUGCUUUAGUUCAUCUCUAGCCCUUCCUCCUUAACUACUUUUUCCCCCUCAAGUUAUUUAUUCUGGACUUGUAAUCUGACACUGAGGAGAGUCCUGAUCUUAUGUGGUGGGUGGGAACAGGGUGGACAGGGUGCCCCCUAGGUUUUGUACCAGAGGAGAAGGACAUAGUGUAUAUUGCCUAUUAUAUCCUGCAAAGCUGGGAUGAAAGUAUUCCCUUCCCUCUGCAUCCUUCCACCCAGACCAAACCAUCAGGGCUGGGGGUUGAGAUGCUUAUCAGUUUUGAAAGUUGGUGGGAAUACUAGACAUGAAAGGGAUAAGAUCCUGAGUAACCUCACUGGGGACUGGUAUAUGUCUUUCCUCCCAGGAUGGAGGAUCCAUCACUGAUCUGGCCUACUAGAUAAUAGCACUAGCAUUCAGGACUGGAUUAACAAAUUUGGGUAGGUCCUGGAUAGCUAGCAGAAGUAGCAGAUUGGGACAUUCCCCCCCUUUUCCCUCAUUUCUACCUAACAUCUCCAUCUCCCUGGCUGGGCCUGGUUACAAAUUGGUUUUAACCCAAGAACUUUUAUUUUUUAAAGAAAAAAAAAAAAGCCAAACCUGAGUGUGAGCUAGAGUAAGAGCCUGGGCCCAGGGUAAUCCCUGCCCCUUAUUUUCUAUAUCCCUUCUUCAUAGGAGGGAACCCAGUGCCCCUCAGCCCUUCCAAAUCAUGUCUUGGAAGCAGGCUGGUAUUGGAGGGGAAGGGACAAAUUUGUGCUUGCUGGAGCUGCCAUUGAACCCUCUAUUCAGAGAGGUUUAUAAAAGCUCCCAAGCCCAAAGCCCAGUGAUGCUCCCUUUUUUACCCUGAGCCCCAGGUGGUAUAUACCUUUAUCCUUUCCGUCUGAAGAGGGAGAGCUAGGAAGCAGUUUGGGAGCAGAAUUCCCAGUGUUGACUUGUCCAACUUUCUUUAGUUCUCCUCUCAGGGCACAGCCCCACUCCCUGCUGGGCUAUAUGAGAUGAGCCUGGCCUAGCCGGGACCUUUAGGGAACAAUUGCUUUCCCUUCCGGGAAAGAGGGCUUAUUGCCCUUUAAUUGCUGGGUUAGGAGCUCCCCAGGUCUCUCUCCCUUUCCUUUCUCUAGUAACAGGCUAUGUGGAUUUUGCUUCCCACCCUUCCCCGUUCCCAGCUAGAUGUAUUGUCCACUCUGUAGCCUAUCAUGUGUCUUAAGUAUGUGUGUGGGGGUUCUGUAUUGAUUUUUUUUUUUUUUUUGUGGCCGGUGGCUUUUCUUCUUCCAUGCAUCACUUCCCCUCCCUGCAUGCCCAGGGGCCACCUGCCUGGCAUUACCGCAUGCUAGGGCCAUUGGGGGGGAGGGGGUGUUGCUGUCCUGUGGUUUUGAAAUUUUAUUUUUGCGUAUGUAAUCCAUCUUGUACAGGUAGCUAACUUUGUAAACGCUGUGUACUCCCCGUUCCCCCAUGGCUGCUGGUGUAAAUAAAUUGCAUCUUCCUGUUGUUA